UUGUCAAUCAAAUGUCAAAUUGUCAAAUUGCGAAAUGCAAAUUGUAAACAAACCAACAAAAACAAACAAUAUUUUCCUGAUGGGAAUAAAAAUACAAGCUUUUUGAAGAGUUUCAGUUAUUGGUUUUGCCAUGAGUAACGAUAGGAAGGUUAUUAGUGUUAAAUUCAAUCAAGAUCAAGGAUGUUUCACUUGCUGUAUGGAGAGUGGUGUUCGAAUUUAUAAUAUUGACCCGCUGGUAGAGAAAUCACAUUAUGAUAUAGAAAUGGUUGGUAGUGUUUCCCAGUGUGACAUGUUAUUCCGUACGAAUCUGCUUGCAAUUGUAUCUGGUGGUUCUAGACCUAAGUUUGCAGACAAUGUUCUACUGAUUUAUGAUGAUUUAUUGAAGAAGUUUAUCCUGGACAUUACUUUUCCAUCUUCUAUAAGAGCUGUACGUUUAAGAAGAGACAAGCUAGUUGUAGCAUUACUAAACCAAGUACAUGUCUUUUCAUUUCCAACACCCACACAAAGAUUAUUCACCCUGGAAACUAAAGAAAAUCCCAGGGGAUUAUGUGAAGUUAGUCCAUUGGCGUCUGCCGAGAAGCAAAUCCUCGUUUUUCCUGGACACAAAGUUGGAAGUGUUCAAAUAGUAGAUCUUUCUUGCACAGAAAUGGGUAUUUCUAGUGCAGCAGUCUGGAUAGCUGCACAUAAAAGCGAGUUGGGUUGUUUAGCCAUUAACCAGCAAGGGACACGUCUAGCGACAGCUUCCUAUCAAGGGACGCUCAUAAGGGUGUGGGACACGACUUCCAGGAAUCAGCUGGUUGAGCUCAGACGCGGUUCUGAUCCGGCCACUGUUUAUUGUAUCAACUUCAGUAGGGACUCAGAUUAUCUCUGUUGCUCUAGUGAUAAGGGAACAGUUCAUAUAUUUGCCAUAAAGAAUACCAAUCUGAAUAAGAGGAUGAUAAUACCAAGUGGAGGCAUCUUAGGAAAAUAUGGGGAAUCUCAGUGGGCACUAGCAAAUUUCACUGUCCCCCCAGAGUCUGCUUGUGUCUGUGCUUUUGGCCCAAACAGUUCAGUUAUUGCUGUAUGUCUAGAUGGAACAUUCCACAAAUACAUUUUUACUGCUGAUGGCAUUUGUAAUAGGGAAUCCUUUGAUGUUUACUUGGAUGUAUGUGAUGAUGAUGAAGAGUAUUUCUCAUGAUUCCUCCCAUGAUUCACUAUAUUGAAAUGAAAUAAAUAAAAGUGACCUAACUGUACAUACAUAACUGAUAUUUUACUAAUGUUAUAAUUAAGUAUAGUCACUGAAACCAUAAUUGAUUAUAUACCUACAAGUCUUUCAUUCUGGAGUUUUAUUGGUCUUCACCUAACUACUUUCUUCCAAAUGGAUCUGUCCAAACUUUCAUAUCUAAAAAUGAAAAUUAUCUUUGGUUGAAUGAGUAAUUAUUGGAAAUUGAAAAGGCAAUAUCAGGAAAUGAAUUCAGAUAUAUCAGAUGGGGAAAUUGUAGCACAAGUAUAUACCUGCUUCAACCCUAUACACCUGCCUAAUACAAGUGUUAAUAUUGGUAUUGGUAAAGCAAAAAACUUACUUCCUGGCUGAAUAUCUUCUUGCC